AUGGCGAGUACAUCAAAAAAUUUUGUGCAUUCAUCCAAAAUCACUUUAAAAUUCAAGACCGUUCCACAUGAUACGACACGGUUGGUAAAGUUGAAGUACUUCUCAUCUGCAGGUGCUCCUUAUUCUCCUACUAAUCUGCAACUUGACUCUACGGACACAUCCGUUACCUUGACAUGGAAGAAGCCAGCGUACCCUGGAGCCUCCCCUUUACUGAGAUACAUCAUUGAAUAUAAAGAACAGGACGUAGAGUGGGAAUUGUUGUCCGACAGCAUCGAUCCAGACACCACAUCUUAUGUGAUCUCCUAUGGGAAUCUUAAGAGCAGUACUAUGUAUGAGUUCCGACUCAUGGCUGAGAACUCGCAGAGUAUAAGUGAACCAGCAAUUGCUGAUAAUCCUUUCGCUGUUCCAGCUACUGGCACUGUAGUGUUCUACGAAGAAUGGUGGUUCCUUGUAAUUGUGGGAUUAGUCGGUUUCAUCGUUGUAAUCCUUGUUGUUGCUACUCUAUGUAUGUGCGGUAAAAACGGGAAGUAUGUCGAUAAAAAGGUUCAUCGAAAUGUAUUGGAUGAGUCUGUAACAAACAUGGAAGACAACAGUUUUACUGCCUUUGAAAUGAGUAAUAGCAGACGUCCAAGCGGUGGUCGAAGGUCGCAGCAUAGAGGGAGGGGACGGGGUAAUUCAUACUCCAGAGCUCCCCCCAGGCCCAGUCCCGGAAACAUCCAUUAUUCAGAAGAAGAAGAAAGUAAACACUAUGAAGAUGUUCAAAGGACAGUGCCGCCACCUCCGGCAUUUGAGACGCCAGACGAUUUUAGUAGUGUCACGGAAAAGCCCUCUGAAGUAGAUGACGAAUCAGAAGAUGAAACACAGACCUUUUUACCCCAGGGCAUGUCCACAUUCAUAUGAUUGGUCGGUUUGCUCACCACCUAAAGGCAAUUGGUAAGGCAGAACUGUAAGGCUCCUCCCCCUUUGUUUCUACAACCAAUAACUGCUUUGCAUUCUUGGUUUGAAAAUAAACAUUAAAUUGUGAUUUGUUGACUCAACAUUUCAUCACUUCCUGGCUUGAGGUCAUUUAAUUUUGAGGUCAUUUUAUUUUUCAUGCUAUUCAACUUCCGGCAUGGUGUUUUUUUAUUAUGAUUUUCAGCUUAACAAGGACUUGAAAAGGUUCACAUCAAAUGCUUCUUUCUUCUCAUGUGGUGAUUCAUUUGCAUAUAUGAAUAUUCAUUAUGUUUGAUAUGAUUAUUCAUAUAAUUUAUGAAUAUUCAUUAAAUUAAUUUGACUGUCAAAUGUAGUCAGGUUUCCUAAUCAGCACAUUCUCUGCUAUUAAACUAAUAUAUUAUAUUCAAGGAAUUGGAUUUAUAUGUUGCAAAGACAAGCCAAACCAGUCACUCUUUGCAAAAACCAAUUAUGAGUUACAGGGUUAAAGAUUAAAAUAUAAGCUGGUAAAAAA